GACAAACAAAAAUAGAGGCCGUUUUAGAGCGUGCGUUGCGUCUUUUGUGAAUCAGACGCAAUCUUUCGUGGGCCACCACCUCCUCUUCUCGAGAUACCCUAGAACGUUUUUUCACACGUUCUCGCUUUUUAUCCUUUUUUCUCUUACGAUUCUUCGGAACCUUUUACGACCAAAAUGCCUGCUGCUGACGCUUCUUCCCUUCCUGCUGCCACCAGCAAGGAGACUGCCCAGUCCGUGGCUGUUCUCGAGGACCUUCUCAAGAACCUCAACCUCUCCACCUCCCAGGAUGAGGUCAACGCUGCCACCGACAACCUGGCUCACCUGUUCAGCGGUCCCAUCCCCGAGCAGGUUCUGCCCCUGAAGGCUGUCGAGGCUUUCAAGAAGCAGCUCGCCAACAAGAAGGAUGCCAACGCCCGUGAGCGUGCCUGCAAUGCCAUCCGCGCCAUUGCUUCCCACUCCACCAUCGCUCCUGGUGUCGAGCCCCACCUUGUCGCCAUCCUCGGUGACGUCCUCGCUACCGUCGGUGACAAGAUGGUUCCCGUCAAGAACGCUGCCUCCGCUGCCGCUAUCGCCAUCGUCAAGGGCAUCAACGGCAACGCUGUCAAGGCCGUCCUCCCCCCCAUCCUCAACUCCCUCCAGAACGCCCAGAAGUGGCAAGAGAAGGCCACCGCUCUCGAGUGCAUUGAGGCUCUCGUCGAGUCUGCCCCCGCUCAGCUCUCUUUCCGUGUUCCUGACCUGAUCCCCGUCGUCUCCGAGGCCAUGUGGGACACCAAGGCUGAGAUCAAGAAGGCCGCCUACGGCACCAUGGAGAAGGUCUGCGGUCUCAUUGUCAACAAGGAUAUCGAGCGUUUCAUUCCUGAGCUCAUCAAGUGUAUCGCCAAGCCUGAGAACGUCUCUGAAACCGUUCACUUGCUCGGUGCCACCACUUUCGUCUCCGAUGUCACCGGACCUACCCUCGCUAUCAUGGUCCCCCUGCUUGACCGUGGUCUUGUUGAGCGUGAGACCGCCAUCAAGCGUAAGUCCGCUGUCAUCGUCGACAACAUGUGUAAGCUGGUCGAGGAUCCCCAGAUCGUCGCUCCUUUCUUGCCCAAGUUGAUGCCCCGUCUCGAGAAGAACUUCGAGACCCUGGCCGACCCUGAGGCCCGUGGCAAGACCAAGCAGGCCUUGGAGACUCUUACCCGUGUCGGUGAUGUCAAGGACGGCAAGAUCCCUGAGAUCUCCACCGCCGGUGACAUCUCCACCGUCGCUGCUAUUCUCAAGGACAUCCUCAAGGAGAAGCACACCACCCAGGCCGAGGGCGCUGAGGCUGUCAUCAACUACGUCGGUGCCGUUGCCGGUCAGCUCGUUGACGAGAAGGACGCUGAGGUCACCAGCUGGACCCAGAACGCCCAGCCCUACAUCGCCGCCAUCGUCGGUGAGGAGGAUGCCAAGAGCGUUGUCGAGACCCUCCGCAAGAAGGCUUCUCCCCUCGCUGCUGAGGCUGAUGCCGUUCUCUCCGAUGAGGAGGAGGGUGAGGAUCUGUGUAACUGCACUUUCUCCCUGGCCUACGGUGCCAAGAUCCUGCUCAACCAGACCAACCUCCGCCUCAAGCGUGGUCAGCGUUACGGUCUCCUCGGUCCCAACGGUACCGGUAAGACCACUCUUAUGCGCGCCAUCAACAACGAGCAGCUCGAGGGUUUCCCCAAGAAGUCCGAGGUCAAGACCGUCUACGUCGAGCACGACUUGGACGCUGCCGAUACUGAGCAGACUGUCAUUGGCUGGACCAUGAAGAAGCUCCGCGAGGUCGGUCUUGAGAUCCCUCAGUCCGAAGUCGAGGCCAAGCUUCUGGAGUUCGGUUUCCUCAAGGAGCAGCUCGAGGGCCCUAUCACCUCCCUUUCCGGUGGUUGGAAGAUGAAGCUGGCUCUUGCCCGUGCCGUCUUCGAGGACCCCGAUAUCCUUCUGCUGGAUGAGCCUACCAACCACUUGGACGUCAAGAACGUCGCCUGGUUGGAGAACUACCUCUGCACCUCCCCCUGCACGUCCAUCAUCGUUUCCCACGACAGCAAGUUCUUGGACAACGUCAUCCAGCACGUCGUCCACUACGAGCGCUUCAAGCUCAAGCGUUACCGUGGUAACCUGAGCGAGUUCGUCAAGCGUGUCCCUGCCGCUCGCUCCUACUACGAGCUCGGUGCCUCCGAGAUCGAGUUCAAGUUCCCCGAGCCCGGUUUCCUUGAGGGUGUCAAGACCAAGGCCAAGGCCAUCAUCCGUGUCAACAACAUGACCUUCCAGUACCCCAACACCCCCAAGCCCCAGAUCACCGACAUCACCUUCCAGGUCUCCCUGGGCUCCCGUAUUGCCGUCAUCGGUCCCAACGGUGCCGGUAAAUCCACCCUGGUCAACGUCCUGACCGGUGAGUUGAUCCCCACCUCCGGUGACGUCUACCAGCACGAGAACAUCCGUAUCGCCUACAUUAAGCAGCACGCUUUCGCCCACAUCGAUAACCACCUCGACAAGACUCCCUCCGAGUACAUCCAGUGGCGUUUCCAGACCGGUGAGGACCGUGAGACCAUGGACCGUGCCAACAAGAUCGUCACCGAGGAGGACGAGAAGGCCAUGGACAAGAUCUACAAGAUCGAGGGUACCUUCCGUCGCGUCAUUGGUAUCCACGCCCGUAGAAAGUUCAAGAACAGCUACGAGUACGAGUGUUCGUUCGCCCUGGGUGACAACAUCGGCAUGAAGUCCGAGCGCUGGACCCCCAUGAUGUCCACCGACAACGCCUGGAUUCCCCGUUCCGAGAUCAUGCAGUCCCACGCCAAGAUGGUCGCCGAGGUCGAUCAGAAGGAGGCCCUCGCCAGCGGUCAGUUCCGUCCCCUGGUCCGCAAGGAGAUCGAGCAGCACUGCGAGAACUUCGGUCUCGACGCCGAGCUUGUCUCUCACUCCCGCAUGCGCGGUCUUUCCGGUGGUCAGCGUGUCAAGGUCGUCCUGGCCGCCUGCUCGUGGCAGCGCCCCCACGUCAUCGUCCUGGACGAGCCCACCAACUACCUGGACCGUGACUCUCUCGGUGCCCUGUCUAAGGCCAUCAAGACCUUCGAGGGUGGUGUUAUCAUCAUCACUCACUCCCGUGAGUUCACUGAGAACCUGACUGAGGAAGUCUGGGCCGUCGUCGACGGUAAGAUGACCCCCUCCGGCCACAACUGGGUUCAGGGUCAGGGUUCCGGUCCCCGUCUGGAGGAUAAGAACGCCGGCGACACUGAGAUCGUCGAUGCCAUGGGCAACAAGACUGUCGUUGAGAAGAAGAAGAAGCUCACUUCUAGCGAAUUACGAAAGAAGCGUAAAGAGAGAAUUGCACGUAAAAAGCGGGGUGAAGAGGUUUCUGACGAUGAGGACUUUUAA